AUGUUCAAACAAUUCAUACGGCAAAUUACAACUUCAUCAAUCAAACCAUAUGCAAUUCCAAAGAAAAAUAAAUUACCGCAACGACCACUAUGGCUAGUCAAAGAAGACGAAAUAGAGGAAAAAUUUAUAAAAUCAGGGGGUCCAGGAGGUCAAAAAGUAAACAAAGUUAAUACAAAAGUUGAAAUUAGACAUUUACCUACAAACAUUAUAGUUUCAUGUCAAGAAUCAAGAUUACAAGAAAGAAAUAGAAUUAAAGCAAGAGAAAUAUUAGCAUUGAAAUUAGAUGAUUUAUAUAAUCCAGGUACAAGUAGGAAUGCCGUAUUAAAAGAGAGAGCUCAAAAAGUUAAACAAAAUAAAUCAAAAAAGAGUAAUCGAAAAUACAAGAAGUUGGAUGAAGAGAAACAAAAACAAAAAGAAUUGGAGAAUGAUGAAAGUGAAUUAGACAUUAAUGAUGAAUUCGAAGACUUCAUUAAAGAUGCUAAAGUUGAUCUACCACUUAAGAAUAUCUAG